UUUGCCUAAGUCAUCAUAUUGCUCUCGCAGUAGCAUCUUCUGAAAUUGCUUUACUCCUUUUGCCAGAAAACUUUGCAAAAUGGCUCAUUGUACUUGGAGAAGGUCGAAUACCUACCAUUGGACCAGAACAUGAUAAAAUUCAACUUUCAGAGGAUCUUAUUUUACCUUCUUAA